UGCAUUCCAAUCAUACUUAUCAGAGUUGCAUGCAUCAAACAAUUUCCGUCAGCUAAAAGUUGCGACAACAAACGCUGCAUAAAAAACCCUUAUGAAAUUGCCACUGUUCAUGUUAUUCUUACAGCAAGUAUCGAUAGGAAAUAACUGAACCGUAUUUGGCAUCCAGUUAAUGACUGUUGUGUCUAUUUCAUGGUAAAACUUUAACGGAGGUUUGGUUUCUUUCCAUGAAAAAAUCUGAUAAAGUUGUACUUAACGCGCCAUCGUGGAAAUUAUCGUGAAAUUCAUCUUUCAGCUGUUUCAACAUUUUAUGAUGUUGAAAUAGACGUUGCAAUAUCUUUAUCUCGCNAAAACUGCUUGCGCCUGCCCAAUCUCCAGCAAUUGUACCGUUGGUACGUUCGAUGUAUUAUUUUAGUGUAGUCAUCAGUGACUUGAUAAAGUUUCUUGCACAAAAAUAUUAUCAUCUCUUAAGUCUGCUGACACAAAUGCGAAUGAUAUUGCAUUUCAAGAAACUAUGGACAUUGAUUUGACUUCACUGGAGUCUUUGGAUGAUAACGAGUAUGAAAAUUAUGAUGAAACUUUUUCUGCAUAUGGUAUGACUGGUGUUCAACCCGGACGUCGCAUAACCGAUAGAAGGAAUGUAGAGUUUUUAGCCGAGUUGGGGAACAUGAGUGAAGAAGGUAAGAGAAGCGCUCUUGCUGAUUUACAAGCAAAAAGAAAAUUUUGGAUCAUUGAGGAUGACUCGUAUCAAUUUGCUAUCGUGCCACAAAUUCAGAACAUUUGUGGCUUCGGUUAUGACUCGCGUGAUCAAUAUCGUUACUUUGAACAAAAAACAGUGUUGAUGCAAAUAUCGACAAAGAACGAUGAUUACAUUAUCGACGUACAAUCAACGAUGUUAGAUGACGAUGAUAUUUUCUUAUUAAAUGAAGUUUUUAUGGAUGAUUCGACCAUAAAAGUUAUUCAUGGCUGCUCUCAAGACGUCAAAUAUUUGAUGAAAGAUUAUGAUCUCCGGUUUCGACAAGUAUUUGAUACAGAGAUAGCCAUGUGGCUAUUGGGUUGCGAACGAUCAGAUUUUAGUUAUUGUCUAGACGUAUUUCCAACAUGGACGUCGAUGAAGAAAAGGAUAAAAUGCAAGCUUAUGAUUGAGGUUUUCGAUAGGGUUUCUGAUCGCGGUUUACCGCAACCGCAAAACCGCGGUAUUUUGACGAAAAUCAAAAACCGCAAACCGCUAAAGGAAAACCGCGGUAUUCGCGGUUUUUAUAAAAUUUAUCUAAAAAAUAAAUUUUUACCUAUUUUUACAUUAUUAAUAGGUAUAAGAAAAAUGAAAAACACGCGAGAGAAAAGUCUUAACAAAUUGUUAGGAAGUAGUUAA